AAAUUCCCUUCUUCUUCCUUUGACCGUCAAUUGUUUAUUUCAACGGCUAAGAUCUCUCUUCCCAAAUCCCGCUGGCCAUUUUCAAUUUUCAUUACAGGAUUUGACAAAAUAAAAAACAAAAAAGAGAAAGUCAAUUCCCAUCCAAUCAUCUAUCGCCACGUGUUCAAUCACAUGUUCCCACCUCUUCCUUUCUUCCUUUUUGGUCUGCUCGUUUUCUCACUUGCUUCAUCUCUCCCAGCUCAUACAGAGAAAGCGAGAGAGAUAAAGAUUGAGAGAGAUUGAGAGGGAUAAAGAGAAUCUUCAUAAAUAUAUAUAUAUAUAUGCGCAUAACGAUUCACGAUCUCAAAUUCAUUCUCCGGAUCUGAUUUUCGAUUUGGAUUUCCAUGGAUUCUUUCACCUUAACUGUAUACUCUCAGAUCAGGACGACAAGGUAGGAAGCUAGGUCAGAAACAAUGCCGAGACAAAAUUGGAUGGCGGAGGUACUUCUUCCAGGAUCAUCUAAGACACGGAAAAGAGGAUGUUCUACAUCUUCGUCUUCCUCCUCGAUUCUCAUUCGUAAACCUCGUGGAUCGCGAUCGACAACGCCGGCGCCAACUUGGAGGAUGACUCCGUUGCGAGUGCCGCGGAAAUCGCCGAAAUAUGCUCAGUCUCUUGGAAAUGCCGCCUUGAGGUCGAAACCUGUGUCGGCGAGGAAACUAGCGGCAACUCUAUGGGAGAUGAAUGAAAUACCAUCGCCGUCUGUUACUGUUAGGGGAAGUUUGAGUGGAAAGAAGUUGCCGAUGAAGAAGGAGAUGAAGUUAAGAGAGAAAAUAGGUUCGACGACGGCGGCGGCGGCUUGGUCGGUGCAUUCUGGUUCACUUCCUCCUCAUUUGUCUGAUCCAUCGCAUAGUCCUGCUUCUGAGAAGAUGGAUAGGUCUGGAACUGGUAGCCGAUUCAGGAAAACCCCUUCAGUUUCUCAUAGGGUCCGAAUUGCAGAGAGCAAUCUCGGCAUCAUUGAUUCUCUUAGCAGUGCUAGCUUAAUGGAGGUUGAGACCAGAUCUAGACAACAAACUACAACCGGUUCGACAACUGGAACAAGAACUACCCAUUUGAAAGACGUGAGUAACGCCUUAACAACGUCAAAAGAGCUACUCAAAAUAAUCCACCGCGUUUCAUCCCACGACAAGCAACAACCGUCGACAAGUAAUUCCCUCGUCUCCGCGCUACACGCAGAACUCGAAAGGUCUCGUUUGCUCGUCAAUCAACUGAUCAGCGAACAACGAUCUGAUCAGAAUGAGGUCAAUUAUCUCAUGAAGUGUCUAUCAGAAGAGAAGUCGUCUCGAAAAAACAAAGAGCAUCAUGCAGUUAAAGCUGCUAUCGAAUCCAUUGCAGAAGAACUUGAGAUAGAGAGGAAAUUGAGACGUCGAUCCGAAAGCUUGACCAAGAAACUCGCGAGGGAAUUGAACGAGACUAAAGCAACCCUCUUGAAAACCGCGAAAGAACUCGAGAACGAGAAGAGAACGAGGGAGAUCAUGGAAGAAAUGUGCGAAGAUCUAGCCUCAAUUCACGAAACGAAAAACGUCAGACAAAAGAGUCGCCCCGUUCCGAAUCAGAAUGAGGAGAGCGGAGAAUCGAGCGGGAGCGAACUAGUAAACGACAACAUCAGCAUCAAGAGCUACAAUCCUCUUUAUAUCAAAGAAAGGAAAUCACAUUCUAGUAAAGAAUAUCAUAAAAUGGCAUCAUUUGUUCAAAGAAAUGCAUUGGAUGGAGUUGAAUUUGGUGAUAUGAAUGGCGAAGUUCUUAAUGAUCCGAGACACAGUUCUUAUACAACGGAGACGAAGGGAGUUGGGCAAAGGAGAAGAAGUUGUGGGGAUAAAUUGGGAAAGGGGACAACAAUGCCAACAAGAAGAGAUCAAGUAUUGCUCAAUGCUAGUUUAUUAGGAUCUUCUAAACCGAUUCAUCGUCUUUCACAAGAUGGUGGUUCGGUUCAAGACAAGGGUCGUGGGUAUUUUCCGAGGCUAAUAAAUGGGCAAGUUGAAGCUCGAAGAUCAAACAGGCGAGAGUUUGGGCAGUGAAAUGAAUCGAAGCUUCUGGCUUCGUCGAGUUUGUUCUUUCUUUUUCUGUAGAAAAUCUUGGUUGGUAGUAUAAGCCCAAUUAAAUGACUUUAUUGAGAUGUUACUCUUCUCCUUCCUUCUUAAUGUGAAAUGUGGAUGAUUUAUUUGAAUUUAACAAAAUUGACAUGAAUUAUUAUUUGUUAUUUUUGGAAAA